CUAUUUUAAUUGCUUUAAAGUUAUUUUGGCUGAAUCUCGGUACAGAAGUAAAAAAAAAAAGCGAUUCUAAUUAAUUUAAAGAACGAGGAGGAGCAGCCGUGUUUUGCUGGAAAAGAUGCCGAGGCAAACGGAUAACGUCUUCCACCUCCCGGAGAGACAGCGGCGUGCCUGGAAUUUCGGAAAGCUCGUCACCACCCAAUUCACGAACAACUGGCGCCGUCUAAUUCUAAGCAAAUAUUCCACUGGUGUAGCAACGUGCAGCUUCACAGAGCAGAGCCAGCGACCCGCUUGCGAAUGAUAAGCCACGUGUUCAUUCCAGUUCUGAGCUGGAUAUGAGAGCGCACGGCGCCGCUGCCUUUGUCGAGUUAAAAUCCCCUUUUUUGUUUUUUUCAACUGUUGCUUUCAAGGUAUCGGCACGGGGGGCGUUCUCUUUCAUCUGCCCGUGUCUGGCUUGGUUUUCCUCUCUCUCUCUCCAGAACCUCCGCUGAAACACCCUGUGCCGCUUGCCAGGUUGUGACACAGUUGCUGUGUCUCUUUGGAGGUAUUUGAUCAUCGCGGUCACGUUUGUUUGGGUGUCUGUCACAGUCUUGCUGUGCCGCUCAGGGGAGCAGGUGUGGAAUCCAUCUCUCUGCACAUCGCGUUGUGUCGAGCGGGGUAGCGCAGUCAGGCACCGAGGACCGCGCCGUGUAGCUCUCAAGGACUGGAUUCUCGCCGUGUAUGUUAACGUGAAGAGCCGUCGGCUUUCGCUCCUGCCGCACCUGCGAUAGCCGCCCUGUGGGAAGACGUGGGUGUGUUUCUACUCCUGCGGCUUUCGACAGCGGGGUCUGCAGUUAGGGAAGACGUGAAGACGGUGUAAACAAAAAAUCGAUUUUCUGUGCUGUUCUUUUUUUUUUUUUUCCCCUUUCCUCGCCUUGUAACCGUUAGAUUUUUGUUUUCGGCGCUGCGGGGAUAAAAGGACUGUAGCUGUCGGGCCGGCGGUCUGUGCGCCUCCCGGACCCCGCGCGUUCCUCUGCCCCUCUGCAUUGGGUCCUGCGGGGAGGCGGCUGGGGCGCUUGUGCGGGCAGCGCGUUUGAAAUGUGUUUCAGCGGUCUUCUCUCGACUUGACACAACAACAAGGAGGGGCGAGGAAAGGUGGCUCGGGAUCCAUCUCGGUUGGUCGGAUUCGCUCCGCUACAGUGACUUUUUUUUUCUUUCCCUCCCGUGUUCUCCUACCACUGAAACAACAUCCAUGUCUGUCUGAGAAAAGCAAAACCAGCGGGGAAAAAUGCGCUCCCUUUCUACCGGCUAACAGGUGUUUUUUUUUUUUCCUGGCUGCGUACCUGAACCAGUCGAUAAGCCACUGGAUCCGCGUUUUUAAAAUGACCUGCGGGCUUCUUCUCAGCAUGACGGGCGCUAAGAGUUGCGUUGCUCAGACAAUGACACACAGCUGUGCGGGCGAAGCGCCUCUCUUACCCCGUGUCGCUACAAUUAGCGCUUUCUGAAUGGAAGCGCGCCUGUCUGCGUUUUGGGGAGGAUCGAAUUCGCCGAAGAGACCAUGCACUGCUGCCUCCCGUGAAAUAUAAAAACACGAGCACCUUUGAGCUGGCGUUUCAGUGUUAAGUACAGCGGGAGCACCUGUGCGAUCUCCCGGUUUUGAAUGCGGAAAACAUCUUCGACAGUUACGAAAUGACCGCCUUACGCGCUUAAAGCCUCUUGUGGAUUAUUCUUCAUUUUUCAGUAGAACUCGAGCGGCCCGUGGAGCGAGGAGAGGUUCGGUUUGUUUUGUUUAUUUUUCCUCUGUGAGUUUGCUCAUCACAAAAACCGUCAAGCUGUCGAUGGCUGCGGCGAUCGCCAGCUCCCUUAUCCGGCAGAAGCGGCAGGCGAGGGAGCGGGAGAAAUCUAACGCCUGCCGCUGCGUGAGCAGCCCCAACAAAGCCAAAGGCACCUGCGAGAAAACCAGCCGGCUGAGCGUUUUCUCCAGGGUCAAGCUCUUCGGCUCGAAGAAACGUAGGAGGAGGCGGCCAGAGCCCCAGCUGAAGGGCAUCGUGACGAAGCUGUACAGCCGGCAGGGCUUCCAUCUGCAGCUGCAGGCCGAUGGCACCAUCGACGGGACGAAGGAGGAGGACAAUGGCUACACCAUGUUCAACCUCAUCCCUGUGGGGCUCCGUGUGGUUGCUAUCCAAGGGGUGCAGACGAAGCUGUACUUGGCCAUGAACAGCGAGGGAUACCUGUACACGUCGGAACACUUCACACCGGAAUGCAAGUUCAAGGAGUCAGUGUUUGAGAACUACUAUGUGACGUACUCUUCCAUGAUCUACCGCCAGCAGCAGUCGGGCAGGGGCUGGUACCUCGGUCUGAACAAGGAGGGGGAAAUCAUGAAGGGUAAUCACGUGAAGAAAAACAAGCCAGCAGCCCACUUCCUCCCCAAACCAUUGAAAGUGGCCAUGUACAGAGAGCCCUCGCUGCACGACCUCACGGAGUUCUCGCGGUCCGGGAGCGGCACCCCCACCAAGAGCCGGAGCGCGUCGGCGGUGCUGAACGGCGGCAAGGCGGUGAGCCAGCACGAGUCGACGUAGCCAGGGCCCCUGGGGGGCGGGGCCUCGCACGGCUCGCACACUUACCUCUGGAUGUGCUCUUGACUUCAAGCAGACUUCUCUCUCUAUCUCUCCUAAUCAUCAGCGGUUCAGGACAGAACAGUAAAAAUCACGAGACGAAAAUAGAAACAUAACAAGGUUUUACCAUGCAGCUACUGAACUUGUGUAGGUCACUCUCGUAACCAACCACUAGCUCUUUUGGGGUUUCAUUUUCCUGUGGAUAACCUGUUAGGUCCUGAUAUUGUAGAAUAUACCUGUGCACCUCUCCAGACGUCUGGGCCGCCAGUGAAAGCUUAACUGCUCCACCCGAUUUGUAGAGAAGAGGUGCCCUAUCCUGUCAUCUGCGCUUCUCUGGAGCCGAGCAAAAUUAACCAGUGUUGCAGCCCAAGGUCCUGCUGACAAGAGAUAGUCUUUCUGCCUGAUAGUGCACAAGUAAGGACGGAGUUCUCUCGACUCAGAAAAAGCCGACAUUCAGCUGAUUUUAAAAAGGGGGUCAAGAUCCCCUCAGUGAGAAGCUGUAACCCCACUUUGCUUGCUAAUUUCGCUUAAUUAGCCGAGAGCUGUUCCCCUCCCUCCCCCGAUUUACUGUACCCUCAGUCUUUAUUUUCAUUACGUGCUGUUACACCAGCUGAAAGGGGUGUGUCCUCCCCCCCGCCCCCUCCCAACCCCUUCCCUCCCCUUAACGUAGUAAAGCCAGUUGCGUGCAGCUGGAAUUGAUGCAUUUGACAUUUUAAAAACAAGAAAUAGAAAGGUUCAGGACAAAGUAGUCCGCAUGUGCCGUGGAAGUGCAGUAUGAGACCUGACUGUUAAGUGUUACCCUGUGUCUGAAUCUUGUGCGAUUGUGUCUGUCUCAGCCCCUUAGUCUGUAACCACCGGAGUGAUCGUGUCAGCUCCCUCUCCUGCUGCAGGUCUUUCAUUGGCUGGUUGUGUUCACCAUGACUCUGUGGUGAUGUUCCCCACCCAGGACGCUGUUUUGUGUAUAAAUCAUCGUGGUGAAAAAUUUUUAUAUUAACAAAAAUACUGUGGAAUUUUAGGUGGCUUAACAUUUUUAUAGGAUAUGUCUUCUUUGUAAAAGUGAACAAAUUAAAAAAAAAAUGCUCCCCUUUCUUGUACAGGGCAUGUACAAAUUACAAGUUGUGUACAAAGACCCUUUUGUGGGCAGAGUACUCUUUUCCUCAAACAGCAUUUCUUCUUCAUAUAUGCUUACAGGAAGGCUCUUGUUUAUAAUUUAGAGUUUCAUUUAAUUUUUUAGGCGAACAUAUCUGUUGCAUGGGAGACAGCUGGAACUUCUGGACUAGAGCUGCAUGAUGUAGACUAUGUGUAUUAACUCAUAUUGGAUCACAUGUUCCAAUCUGUACAAGGACAAAACAGUAUGUAAUAGCAGGGUUUCCACCUGCUACAAUCCAGUUGUUUAUUAUUUGUUGUAUACACAAAAAUGCACUGAAUAAAAUGUUUAUAUUAAGAGAUA